AUGAGGAAAAUCUCCAAAAAAAAGUUGGAAAAGCUUAGGAUUGAGCUCAACAAUAGCAAAAAUCAUCAAAAAUUCCUGGAAAACCAACUUUUAAAAGAAGAAGAGAUGAAGGCCUCUCUGGAUCAGCAAUUCAAGGAAAGAGAUGAGCAAAUUGUUAAGUUCAAGAAGAACCAGCACGAAGCAAAUGAGCAACUGAAUGAGGGGAAGGCCAAGUAUGACGAGUUGGUAAAUAAACAUGUAAUGGUGGAGCAGAAAUUGGUGACUCUAAAAAGGGCCUCAAAAAGUAGAAAGUCUGCUGACAAAGAGACAAUAGCUUCUCUAAAAAAAGAAAGGGACCAGUAUAAAUUAAAAUGGGAAGCUGAAAAAGUGAAGAACAGAUUAGCUGAUCUCACCAUUGAAGAAGAAAGAAGCUUAAGAACUCGAUAUCAGAUGCAGGCUAAAGAUGAGAGAGAAGCAAUGAGGGUAGCUGAGUCAGACAUGAAGGAAUACCUGGACAAAAUAAAUGGUAUGAGAAACCAAGUUUCUGUGAUACAAGCUGAGCUUGAGUCUCGAGAGGAAGAAGCAAAGAAGAUGCAAGAACAAUUUGAGGAAUGGCAAGACUAUAUCAGCAGUCUCGAUGUACAACUAAACACUAAGGUAGUCGAGCUUGAUAUAGAGAAGGAGGAAUUGCAAAGGGCCAGAAAACAGAUUCAGCAAUUGGAAAAGAUGGUUCAAAUUGUCAUAACCUAA